CAACACUUAAUUAUUAAAAUUAAUUAUUACUUAUUUAUGAGUGGGAAAGUAAAAAUACCAAGACUAGUCUCCGUGAAUAAUAAUGUAUUCACGGUUGGAUUAGUGAUUUUUAUUAUUGUCAUUGGUGUGAAUUUUCAAAUUGGCAUUAUUAAUGCUCAAUUUGAGUUUGAGUUUGGACCUGAAGGAAUUUGGAGCGAUGAGAGUGUUGAUGGCACUCUUCACGCGCGGCUACCGGCAUUUUCGGUUGCAUCCUCAACUCAUGCUGCUGCAGCAACCACAUUUUGUGAGCCAUGUGAUCACAAAGAGGCAUGUAUGGAGAGCAUUGAGUCUGUUGUGGCCAAUAACAAUGCAAACCCCAAGGAUUUUCUCCAAGCGGCUUUACAAUCAACCAUCAAACAAGUGAGCACUGCAAGAGAUGUGUCUGGUGGCAUAGCAGCAAAGUCCAUUGGCUCAAGAAAGAUCUUCAUGGAAGAUUGUAAGGAUUUGCUUGGAUUUGCUGUGGAUGAGCUUAAGAAUUGCUUUUCUACCGUGGGAUCGGGUGAUUUGUAUGCCUUGCAUGACAAACGAGUUGAUCUUCUCAAUUGGUUGAGUGCUGUUAUUUCUUACCAACACACUUGUCUUGAUGGCAUAUUUGAUUCACAACUCAAGAAGGAGAUUUUGUUGAGUGGUCUCUCUAAUGCUGACAAGCUUACUAGCAAUGCUUUGGCGAUUGUGUCAUCUAUGUCUACGAUUUAUGAUGCGUUUAAAAUCCCUGUCAAGGUUGGUGGUGGGGGUAGAGCUCGUGCACUGACUGGUUUCGGACAAGGAAGAUUUGAGUUUGGUAUUGGUAAGCAUGGUGCUACUGCUAGUUGGAGUAAAGGUGUAAGUGGUGGCCUUGGUGGCGGUCUUCAUCAUAGUUCCAGUGGUUAUAUUAGCUUUGGUGGUGGAAAAGGAGGUCAAGGUAGUGGGAGUGGUGGUGGUAAUGGUGGUGUCGGUGCUGGUGGUGAAUCUAGUUCUAGUGGUAGUGUUAGCAUUGGCGGUGGCAGCCGUGGCAGUGGGAGCGGUAGUGGCAGUGGCAGUGGGAGCGGUAGUGGCAGUGGCAGUGGCAGUGGCAGCGGUAGCGGUAGCGGUAGCGGUAGUGGCAGUGGCAGUGGUAGUGGCAGCGGAAGCGGCAGCGGUGGCGGUAGCGGCAAUGGCAGCGGUGGUGGCAACGGCAGUGGCAGCGGCAGCGGCAGUGGCAAUGGCAGUGGUAGCGGUGGGGGUAACAAUGGAGGUGAUGCUAAUGUAGAUAAAAAUACGAAUCCAGAGAGUUGUAAAUGUACUUGCAAUGAUAAAUUGAGUGGCACUGUCAACAGUGAUAGUGGUGGUGGUAGUGGAAGUGGAAAUGGUAAAGGGGGUGGCAAUGGUAGCGGAAGUGGUACUGGCAGUGGCAAUGGUAGCGGAACUGGCAGCGGUAGUGGUAAAGGUGGAGGCAAUAGUAGUGGUAAAGGUGGUGGCGAUGGUAAUGGAAGUGGAAAUGGUAAAGGUGUUGGCAAUGGUAGCGGAAGUGGUACUGGCAGUGGCAAUGGUAGUGGAACUGCCGGUAAAGGUGGUGGUGAUGGUAGUGGAACUGGUGGCGGUAGUGGCAGUGGUGAUGGUAGUGGUACCGGAAGUGGUGUCGGUAGUAGCAAUAGUACCGGUAAUAGUAAAGGCAAUGGUGAUGGUAGCGGAAAUGGUAGCGGUACUGGCAAUGGUAAAGAUACCGGAACUGGUACUGGUAAAGUUAAUGGUAAUGGAAGUGGUAGUGGCAGUGGUAAUGGUAACGGCAAUGAAAGUGGUAAAGGUAAUGGCAGUGGAAGUGGUAGUGGCAGUGGUAAUGGUAGUGGAAGUGGAAGUGGCAGUGGUAAUGGUAGUGGAAGUGGAAGUGGUAAAGGUAAUGGCAGUGGAAGUGGUAAUGGUAGUGGAAGUGGAAGUGGCAGUGGUAAUGGUAGUGGAAGUGGAAGUGGUAAAGGUAAUGGCAGUGGAAGUGGUAAUGGUAGUGGAAGUGGAAGUGGCAGUGGUAGUGGAAGUGGAAGUGGUAAAGGUAAUGGCAGUGGAAGUGGAAGUGGUAAUGGUAGUGGAAGUGGCAGUGGUAGUGGAAGUGGAAGUGGUAGUGGUAGUGGAAGUAGUAGUGGUAAAGGUAAUAAAAGAAGUGAUAAAGGUGAUGGUAGCGACAGUGGAAGUGAAAAUGGUAAAGGGGAUAGAAGUGAUAGUGGUAAAGGUAGUGGUAGUAGUAGUGGUAGCGAUAAAGGUAGCAAAAAAGAUCAUUCAAGUGAUGACAAAGCUAGUAAAACAAGUGGUGGUCAUGGUAGUGGAGGUGGAGGAGGUGGUGGGGGUGGAGGCGGAGGUGGAGGUGGCGCUGGAGGUGGCAGUGGAGGUGGUGGUGGAGGCGGCGGAGGGGGUGGUGGUGGUGGAGGUGGCGGAGGUGGUGGUGGCGGUAGUAAAACAAGUGGUGGUCAUGGUAGUGGAGGUGGAGGAGGUGGUGGGGGUGGAGGCGGCGGCGGCGGUGGAGGCGGCGGCGGCGGCGGAGGAGGUGGAGGUGGCGGUGGAGGCGGUGGUGGUGGUGGUGGUGGUGGAGGCGGUGGAGGUGGUGGUGGUGGUGGUGGAGGCAGCGGUGGUGGUGGUGGUGGAGGCAACGGAGGUGGUGGUGGCGGAGGCGGCGGAGGUGGCGGUGGCGGCGGUGGAGGUGGUGGAGGAGGUGGCGGCGGUGGAGGUGGUGGAGGAGGUGGCGGCGGUGGCGGCGGCGGUGGCGGUGGAGGUGGCGGUGGCGGCAGUGGUGGAGGCAAAGGCACUAAUGAGUAUAGUUGGAGUAAUGGUAAUAAGUAUGAUUGGGGUGGCAUUAACUAUGGAGGCGGCGGCGGCGGUGGAGGCGGUAGCGGCAAUGGAGGCAGUAUCAAUAAUGAGUAUAGUUGGAGUAGUGGUAAUAAAUAUAAUUGGGGUGGCUAUGGAGGCGGUGGCGGUGGUGGAGGAGGAGGAGGUGGCGGUGGAGGUGGAGGUGGCGGAGGCAGUGACACUAGUAAAGCAAGUUUUGGUGCAAAUUUUAACAAAGGCUUUACAAUCGGUUCUGGUUCUAGACGACUUAAAGAGGUCUAUCAAAGCAAUGGUGAAUAUCCAUCAUGGUUUUCUACUACAGAUAAAAAACUAGUGAGUACCAACAAUGACAUUGAAAAUGCAAUUCCAAAUAAAAUUGUGGCUAAAGAUGGGAGUGGAGAUUUCAAAACUAUUGCAGAAGCUCUUUCUUCUUAUCCCAAGAACCACAAAGGCAGAUACAUUAUAUAUGUUAAAGCAGGAAUAUACAACGAGUACCUAACUGUUACAAAAGAACAAGUGAAUGUCUUUAUGUAUGGAGAUGGACCUAGAAAGACAAUCAUCACAGGAAGAAAGAAUUUCAAUGAAGGAGUUUCAACCAUUAGAACUGCAACAUUCUCUGCAAUUGGAAAUGGAUUUGUGGCGAAAUCGAUCGGAUUUCAAAACACAGCAGGAACAGAAGGACACCAAGCAGUGGCACUUCGAGUUCAAUCAGACAUGUCUGCAUUUUACAAUUGUAGAAUGGAUGGUUACCAAAACACAUUAUAUGUUCAAACACAUCGUCAAUUCUAUCACAACUGUGUCAUAUCAGGAACAGUCGAUUUCAUCUUUGGAGACGCAGCAGCCGUCGUCCAAAACUCGUUGAUCAUCGUUCGAAAGCCCGAGAAAAACCAGAACAAUGCAGUGACUGCCCAAGGCAGAGUUAACAAACAUGAAACAACAGGCAUAGUUUUACAAAACUGUAGGAUUGUACCUGAACAGAAAUUCUUCUCAGAAAGAUUGAUAACACCAACAUACUUAGGCAAACCAUUUAAAAAGUACUCUAGAACUGUGAUCAUGGAGUCUAUAAUUGAUGAUUUGAUUCAACCAGCUGGUUGGCUUGAAUGGGAUAAUGGUGAUUUUGGUCUUAACACAGUUUACUUUGCUGAGUAUGCAAAUAAAGGACCUGGUGCUGUAACUGAUCAGAGAGUGAAAUGGAAUGGUUUUAAAGUCAUUACUGAUAAGAAUGAAGCUCUUCAAUUCACACCAGGUCAAUUUAUUCAAGGAAAUUUAUGGCUAGAAGAAACUGGAUCACCAUUUUUUCUUGGAUUGAAGAACUAAUUCAUCUUAUAUUUUCAAAUAAUAAAUACUUGAAUAGAUAUAUUGAGAGGAUGAGAGGAUGGUAGUGAUUAAUUAAUCCUAUCCCCACCUUGUUGAUUAUAUAAAAUAAUAAUUUAAAAAGAAAAACAUUCUCAAUUAAUGUUUAGUUACAUGUUUUUUUAUUUAAUACAAGUGUGUAUUUGUAGGCUUAUUGCCUGGUUUUAAUCAAUAAUAGUAUGCAUUUACAGUACUA